AUGGAGCAAAACCUAGCGGCGUCGUGCAACUACCGGCUGCUUUUGGGACCUUCAAGCAUGAGUAAGUGGCAUAUGGCCUUUCCACGAAGUCGCCACCCUGUUGACACUCCUAGGUUCUUUGGCUCAGCAAGGCUCACAGCAUCUGCGAGAAAGAGUAAUCCUGGGCAAAAUCGAAAUGAAGUAUUCGAGGAUAUUGGCAAGCGAACAGGCGCUUUCAUCCAACCACCGGCGUAUGGUGACCAUAUUAUUCGAAUAUGGGGCGAGCCGAGCCAUGUCGCUUCAGCCGAAGAGCAACUCAAAGCUAUUAUUGCCAAGUGCAACAGCUUUAACAAAUCCAAGACACGAAGCGACUGGACCAAGAUUCAUGCCUAUUCAACCAAGAAAGAGGUGGAUGCCGAGUACAAGGAGAAGGAUGAAAACAUGCUGCAAGAGCUUCGAAAGCAACCCGAGUUUGAUACUACGUUUCCUGAGCAGUUACUCUUUUUAUGGCCGGAAGAUGGGCCUUCUCUGCAUAAAUGCCUUGGCCCUGAACUAGAAUCUCUUGACUCAAUCCGGGCUAGAUUUGGAUGUCACUUGUUCGUUCCAAGGGAUCUACCUGGCUAUAUAUGUGCACUUGGAAACAAUCAUGAGGCGAUGAAACAAAUCGCUCAGAGCAUCAGAACCCUAUGGGCCGAGGCUGUGGCAAAGAGUAGUAUCAAAACCAAAAUAUAUCUUGUUGAACCACCGGAGCCGACGGCCAUGAAAGGUAAGAUUGUGGUAAAGAAACAGAACCAGCUGCACAAGCCCGUCCUUCGCGGAAGCCGACUCAAAGGGCCCAAUCUAGAGGAAUGGCGGGAUCUAUUUGGGUUGGUGCAAUCUAGAAACAAAACCCGUCUUCUAACUGCGGUUGAGAACUGUCUGAAAGGACUUUCUUUUGUUCGUGGACACCUGCGAAUGCGUGUUAAUCUUGGUACAUUUGUACUUGAAAAUUAUCAGCUGCCUGAAGAUAAUAAGAGCUGGUAUAGUUUUGGGGAAUUCCGAGACACAUUGCUGCACGAGCAAGCCAAGGGCCGACUGAUUCCAGAAUUGAAAGUCGGCCAGUCUGAAUUCCUUCAGAGAUGCUUCAAAGCAACUGAUUUAUUCGAGCCCUACGACGGUACAUCAACUCCACUUGAAAACGCAGAGCUGGCAUACUCCGUAAAUUUUGAAUUCCUUGGUGCAGACAAAUCUAUGCUUCGAUUGGAAGCAGAGUUUUCAAAGACACCUGGAGCACGAGACUAUCACACCAAGGAGCGCCGCUGGCUCAGGCCUCGUACAAGUGGUCAAACUGGAGACAGACAACCUCCGUUGCAUGUUGCCGUUAUUGACUUUGGACGUUCGGAUUGGCAAUUGGAAAUAAAGUCACUCGAGUUCCACGAAACAUCAUCGAUUGACGCUGCUCUGAGGACAUUUUCUCACUCAAUUGGAUUCCGGCGCACAGAAAACAUGGGAAAUAUCUCUGCAAAGCCUGAACGAAAAGUGACAUUUCCCCCGAGCCCUCCGGUGUCAAGGCUCGUGGAGAAAUCCGCCAUUCGAUAUCGGAUAAAAGGUACGAAAUACAUCUUUGAAAUAGCCCGUUACGAUGAAUAUAGACGCGUAGACGUACCCAUCGGCCAGACAGGGGCCACGAUGACUGGUGGCAUGUCGGAUGUUCCCUAUACAUCGUGGGGAGCAUCAGUUUUUGAAGCAAACUGGGACAACUUGCUCGGGGGUCAUGCAAACUUGCCUGUCGGACAUUCCGCAAAAUAUGAUCCCAGUCUCGCCACCUUCUUCCCACCCAAAGAACCUCUGACGGCACUGGAAGAUCAGACCAAAGGCCUUUGGGAGUUCGUUGACCUGGUCGAGCAGGCGGGUGAGCUUUUGGGUCCAACGCGAGCGUUCUCAGAAGACGUCGACAAUGACGCUGUAUCCAACGCCGGAUCGGCUUCGCUAGGGUUGGGCUCAAUGAAAACCGGAUUGGACUCUUCUGAAACCCCCGCAAAUUCUACUGGAUAUGGUCUUGCUGGGAUGCUGAAUGCAGAUCUGGGCACCUUGUUUUAA